AUGGCUGCAGGUGGGGCUUCUCUUCUUGCUUUUUCUAUUUUUGCCAUGCUGGUUAUGUCUUCCCUGGGGGGCCCUAGGCCUUUAUGCAGCGACUGCGAGACGCUAUGCCGUACCAACUGCGAUGCAGAGGUUGAAACCCUCUGCGGCAGUACCUGCGACUACAACAACAGCGGUCAGGCCGACUGCCGGCGUCAGCUCUUGAAGAGGUGCACCACAGAAGGUACCUGUUGCAGUAGCAACGACACAUGCACUUGUGAUUGCAACACUGUAGCUCAAAAUGGUUGCUUCGGGGUCAGCGACGGCUACACACGCUGUGGUUCAUGCAAGCUUGGCAGGUUCAACCAGUGCUAUCCCACCUGCAAGAACGACUGCAACAACAACUGCAAGAAGAAGAAAGGGUGCCACGCAUAG